UCAGACAGGAAACAUCCUGUGUAAACACACGCACGCGGGAAUGAGCCUGUAGUCCACUGCAUUGUCUUUGCUAACUUCAGCAUUUCCUCGUUUAAAUCAAUAUUUUAUAAAUAAUAAUAAGUCUGUAAUUCAUCUUUGAACAAAUGUUCACGAGGAAGCUGCUGACGCUGGUGCUGGUGGUGCAACCCGGCCGUGUGCUGCUCGGCAUGAAGAAGCGCGGCUUUGGAGCCGGGAAAUGGAACGGCUUCGGGGGCAAAGUUCAUCCCGGAGAGAGCAUAGAGAAAGCAGCGAGGAGAGAGCUGCUGGAAGAAAGUGGCCUCACUAUAGACACGCUGUACAAGAUCGGAAAUAUCACGUUCGAAUUUGUUGGAGAAACAGAGCUGAUGGAUGUGCACAUAUUCCGAGCCGACGAUUACAACGGCGAGCCGACAGAAUCAGAAGAAAUGCGGCCUCAGUGGUUCGAUAUCGACAAAAUCCCCUUCGGCGAAAUGUGGGCAGACGACGUCUUCUGGUUCCCGCUGAUGCUGCAGAAGAAAAAGUUCGUGGGCUACUUCAAAUUCCAGGGCCAUGAUGUGAUACUGGAACAAAAGCUGAAUGAGGUGCAGGAGCUUAGAUCAGACUCUGGUACCUCUAAUAUCUGUUAAGUGAUCAGAGAUAAAAGGAGGUGACGGCCCCAUUCACACUCGGCUGUAGGAAUGUGUGGAAGGAAUGGACUCAGAGCAGGAUCAUCAGCUGGUCCUGGUGACCCACGGGGCCUGUUCAGACCUGAUUAUAACACACGUCUCAGGGGAUGCGAUCACAAGUGUAUCGAAUGCGUCUUCAAGUGACCUCUUGUGAUCAGAUUUCAUGAAUAAUGUUGGCUAUGCUGUGCUUUAGUGCAGGUAUCACUUGCAUGUACAUCUACAUAACUUUUAGAAUAAAAUAUGAGCUGUUAUCGAUGGCCAUACGUUUAAUCGAGUAAAUAUGUGAAGUGAAAAAAAAGUUAUUUUGUUACAUUCUGCUAUUUUCUUCUUGCUAGAAACAUUUUGACUGAAUCCCAAAUAUAGUGCACCUCUCAGGUUUAAGAACAGGACUGUAUUCCACCCUAACUAGUGAGCAUACAGGCCCCUCCGAAAGUAUUGGAACAGCAAGGCCAAUUCUGUUGUUUUUUGCUAUACACAGAAGACAUUUGGAUUUGAAAUCAAAAGAUGAAUAUGAGACGAAAGAUCAGAAUUUCACCUUUCAUUUCCUGAUAUUUACAUCUAGAUGUGUUAAACAACUCAGAACAUGGCACCUUUGGUGGCAGACCACACAAUUUUUAGGUGAGCAAAAGUAUUGGAACAAAUAGUCUAAAAGUAAAUAACACUUUUUCUGGAUCAUCUUCUGUAAUUCCAGUCUGGCCUUCUGAUUCUUACUGCUGAUGAGUGGUUUGCAUCUUGUGGUAUGGCUUCUAUAUUUCUGCACUUCUUCGAUUGGUGGAUUGUGAAACAUUCAUUCCUGCCCUGUGAAGGUUGUUGCUGAUGUCAUUAAGUGUUGUUUUUGGGUUUUUCUUCACAGCUCUCACAACGUUUCUGAAAUCCACUGCUGUUGUUUUCCUUGGCUGACCUGUUUGAUGCCCGGUUGUUAGUACAGCAGUGGUUCCUUUCUUUUUCAGGAUAUUCAAAUUGAUGUACUGGCGAUGCCCAAUGCUUGUGCAGUGGCUCUGAUAGAUUUUCUCUCUUUUCUCAGCUUCAAAAUGGCUUGCUUUUCUCCCAUAGACAGCUCUCUGGUCUUCAUGUUGGUUUAUUCUUUUUAACAACAAAUGCAGUCUUCAGAGGCAAAACUCAGGACUUAAACCAAGAGUAGACAUUCAGAGCUAUUAAUUCUUUAAACAAUCAAUGUAACACAGCACACCUGGGCAGCAAGAAACACCUAUCAGUCACAUGUUCCAAUAUUUUUGAUCACUUGAACAAAUGGGUAGGUUCAGACAAAAGGUGCCAUGUUCUACGUUGUUUAACACAUCUAGAGGGAAAUUAAUAUAUCUAAUUUAUUUAUGAAUUUAUUAAUAAUAAAAUAAUUUAUUAUUAAUCUAUUAAAUAUAUUAAUAUAAUAUAUUAAUAUCAGGAAAUUAAAGCUGAAAUUCUGAGCCAUCAUCUCAUAUUCACCUUUUGAUCUGAAACCCAAAUGUCUUCAGUGUAUAGCAAAAAAAAAAAAAAAAAGUAGCAUUGGCCCUGCUGUUCCAAUACUUUCAGAGGGGACCGUAUGUAGUAAAGAUAUCUCAAGAACGAGUGGUUGAAUGUUUGUAGGAUUUAUAUGGAAUUAUCAUUAUAACCAGCAGAUGAACUGAUUAGAGUUCAGAAUUAUUCCAAACAGGGUCAAGGUCACAGCAAGGUCAAAUGUCUGUAAUAGUUUCUGCAAUCUUCAGUAGCUUCCUUCCUGUUUGAAUUCUAUUUUAAGGGUAUUUGACAUACAAAUUAGUAGCUUGAAAGACUAGGCUUGUUGGUGGUGGAGGCAUCUCCGAUUUCUACUUGUUACUAAAGAAAGCUAUACAGAUGUUGUUUUCCGUGGUUUAUGAAACACACAGCAGCUGUUCUGUCUUAAGUUGUAGUUUUCUGUAAUUCUAUAAUUAAUUCAAUCACAUGCUUUCAAAUAUUAACCAGGUAAGUAGGUUGAUACUUUAGUUUUUUCUUCAUUAGAUACUUUCCUAUUCCUAAUUAAAGUUGUUAUUACGAUGAGGGCUUUCACCUUAAAUCAGAAACGAUACAGACGAGUAGGAAAUUUUGAAGAGUCUCAAAUUUCGCUUUAAGUACUUAAAGGUUUUGUAUUUUAAUUAGCACUAGUAGUUAUAUGUUUGUAUAAACUAUGGAAGGUGAAAUUUCUUUUGCUUUCUUAGGUAAAGACAAUUAUGAAGGCAAUGUCAUAAUUUUUAUAUUUUCAAGAUCAACCUUAAUGUUAUUAUUUAAACUUCUCAGACCAAGUUAAGUCGCAGAUGCAUUAAUAUUCACUACAUAUGCUCACGUAACAGGGUGUAAUGUAGUGACGUUAUUGAAUCUGUGAGCUGCACUAUAAACUCAACUGCAUUUGGGGGCAGGAAGAAAGUAGUAGAAUCUCUAACAAGUACAAUUUAUUUGAAAUGUAAAUGUAUCGCACAACACCGAAGGAUCACCCAGCCAGCUUUAUUCACAAAAUCUAAUCACAAGUGGUCACUGAAGACUCGGUGGAACAUACUGGAUGAGCCGUUUCAGCUGUCCACUUGUGAGAUAACAUCCUGAGACGGAUGUUAGGAUGGGGUCAGACACACAGUCUGUUGUGCUUAAGAGCAAAGAUCAUACUGUCUAACAGUAAAUCAUACUGUGUUACGCUGAUGAUAGUACUAAUAAGUGAGUAUUCCCUAUAUCCUUUCCUAACUCUUGUUCAGUAAUGUACAGUUCUUUUUUUUUUUACACAAUAAUAUGAUUAUCAUCAAACAUUUAGCCAACAAUAUUACUGUCUGAUCUUCAGUAUAGGCUUUGGUAGGCUAUAGAAAGAUUCUCAAUACAUUUUAUCUCAAACGUUGCCUAAUGUCACAGAUUUUAGUUCAGAGAUAUCUACAAUUAGUUUGUAUACUUGAGAUAGUUAUGUCCUAGUUUUAUGUUCUACUAGUUUUGACCCUUUACACUGUAAAAAUGACAUCUUAGCAAGUGGAAAUAUCUUGAAUGUAGUCAAAUGUAUCCUGUAAGAUUACAGCAAAAGAAAUAUUAAAUGAUUAAACCUAUAUCUAGAUUUUUUUCUACUAAUUUCAAGCUUGGUCCAAUAGAACAAGAGUAUUUUGAGCAUAAAAUGAGUAAAAAAAUGACUAGAAAUAAGUUUAAUAAUCUUGUAUUUGGUUGAUUGUAAUCUUAUAUUAGGAAAUAAUAGACAAUCUUGACUAAAACCAAGAUAUUUACACUUGUUAAGAUGUCUUUUUUGCAGUGUAUAAAGGUGCGUCAGCAUAUAAAUGGAUGAACAGAAUGAAUGCGGUUAUUCCACAGGGUCGUGUAUUAAGUAAAUGGAUCCUAAAGAAGGGAAUUUUUAUUAGUGCUAUGCUGAAAUUGUGAUGCGUUUCUGUAUCAUCAGUGAUAUGACUGUGACUCCAUUAGUGCUCAGAGUAACAAGCAGCUGAUUCAAAAUGAUUAUUUUUUUUGUGUGGCUCUGCUGUUUUACUGGCACUUAAAUAUCCAAAUAAACAUCAUGCACCUUAAAAUGCC